AAAAUUUUCUUAUGCAAUAGAUUUUUCAGCAUUUAAGGGAUUUUGCUGGCCGCAUGUCCUCUGGCCCUCGGGGUGCAGGGCUUGGAUUGAAGUUACUAAUCGGCGCAGGUGCACUUGCUUAUGGAAUCAAAGAGGCCACAUAUACAGUGGAGGGCGGUCAGCGAGCGAUCAUCUUUAACAGAAUUGGUGGAAUGCAGAUGGACACGGUCCAGUCUGAGGGGCUACACUUCAGGAUACCAUGGUUUCAGUACCCCAUUAUAUACGAUAUCAGAGCAAAACCACGCAAGAUUUCAUCUUUGACUGGAAGUAAAGACCUUCAGAUGGUGAACAUUGCGCUACGUGUGUUGUCACGGCCCGUGGCCUCCAAUCUUCCUUUCAUGUACCAGCAUCUGGGGCAGGAUUAUGAUGAACGUGUCCUUCCAUCCAUAGUCAAUGAAGUCCUAAAGAGCGUUGUAGCCAAAUUCAAUGCCUCACAACUCAUAACGCAACGAGCUCAGGUUUCAUUGCUGAUCCGUCGGGAGCUGUUUGAGCGUGCUAAAGACUUUAACAUCAUCCUCGAUGAUGUAGCCAUCACUGAGCUGAGCUUCAGCAGAGAGUACACAGCAGCUGUAGAGGCCAAGCAAGUCGCCCAGCAGGAGGCCCAGAGAGCUCAGUUCUUCGUGGAAAAAGCUAAGCAGGAUCAGAGGCAAAAGAUCAUUCAAGCUGAAGGAGAGGCCCAAGCGGCCAAAAUGUUGGGAGAGGCAGUCACAAAGAAUCCUGGAUAUCUAAAACUCAGGAGGAUCCGAGCAGCACAGAACAUCGCUAAAACCAUUGCAUCUUCCCAGAACAAAGUAUAUCUGAACGCAGACAGUCUAGUCCUGAACCUCCAGGACGAGUCUUUUAAUAACUUGUCACUGGAUAAAAAAAAGAAGUGAGCUUCCCAGAGAGUGCUUUCUGUAUGAGGUGUGUGUGCAUUGACAUCAAUGUCGUUGCAGGAUCAUAUUCUUCAGAUGCCCCUUUUUGUGUUUCGGAGGGCGUAAUCCAACAAUCACUUUGAAUUCAUGACACACAUUUGUCAGUACUUAUUAAACAAGAUUUAUUUAAUGAAGUUUACUUAUAUAUUCAGUUGUAUAUUGCAGUUCUAUGCAACAGACAUUUAUGAAGUUGGUAAUGAAAUGCCCCCACCUCACCAUCACUUUAAUGAUUUUUCUCAUCUCAAAUGUAUUAGCGUGAUUUACCAAUUUUACAGUUUUACCAAUUUUCCAAAAAUAGUCUUUGUCUUUGCUGUGUCCCUGUGCGACUUAGUCAUGAAAGGACAGCAAAAUAAAACCUGUUUGUGUCCAAAA